ACUUAAAUUGAAAAAGUUUUUAGAGCCUCGAUCCCAUGCAGAAAUCGAGGGAAUGUAAUGGCUGCCAAAAGAUGUUUUGUGGAGCACCUCUGAACUGACGACUUGACCAAAACAAUCAGCUAAAGGGUGCAUUCAGAUUUCAUAUUUCAUUCUGGAUAAAUCAUGUCGUUGAAGAGGCCAGCUGCUACUGACAUUAGCUUUAGUACCACCACUGUUGAAACAAAGGAUGACACAACCGUGCCAGGUAUCCCACCCUUGAAACUGAGAAUUAAAGAGCCACUCAGCUCGUCUACACACAAGCUGAUCUCUGAUAUUUCUAGCAGUGUGAGAUUAAAUGAACGGCUUAAUAGUCUAUUGAGGUUAUCAAGCAUUCCAACAAGUGGUCUGAAUACUGAUGAUGGGGAGCAGCUUGCCAAGGUUUUAAAAGAAGUUCUUCGAAAGGAAGACAAUCAUGGUGUUAAAGGAAGGAUCAUUUUAGCUAUUAGAGAUGUAAUGAAGAUUCCAAAUUUGAGUAGGCUUGUCAAUAUGGACGAUCUUGUUGAUAUGGCUCAAAAGGAAGCAAAUCACAACGUCUUUAUACAGUACUUGAAGUUGUUUUGUACCAUCGGGCAGUUGAUACCGGCAAAGGCAGACAUCAUACAAAAGAUAUUAAAGCUUUCUUACAAGAGACUGACGGAUUCACACCAGGACGUGCGAUGUGCAUGUCUAAAGCUGCUUAGUCAGAUGUGUCCUAAAGAUGGCUUGCGUCUGAGUGGUGGACGUUAUGUUGAUUUUCCAGAUCUUUUUUGCGAGUUCUCAACUGAUCAGGAUCCAAGGGUCCGUGCAAGUGCCAUUCAAGGGAUUCUUACUCUGCACCACCGUGGUCACAGCCUCGGCCUGAAUGUCUACGAGAAAGCGUCUAAUGCUUUGAAUGAUGAUUACGAGGUAGUCAGAAUGGCAGCUGUCAAGAUUAUUUGGGUCAUAAGUCACAUUUACCCGGAAAGGAGGAUCAAAAGCUCAUCUCCAGACGAGAAAAGACUGGUCGAUGAUGCUUUCAUCAAGAUUUGUAACAUGAUAAAUGAUGGGUCCAUGAUUGUGCGAGCUGAAGCAACAGGACUGCUUGGCUCUCUCCAUCUUGUCAGCUUCAUCUAUUUAGAACAAACGCUGGAUAAAAAGCUUAUGUCGCAUCUAAGGAAGAGGAAGAGCUAUCAUGAGCAAGAAAAGGAGCGUUCCCGUGGACUAAAGGAUGGCUCAUCAUCUAGUAGUGGUUGGAGCACAGGCAGAAAGUGGGGCGAUAACGAUCGUGCAAAGCACGUCAAUGAAGAAGAGGUUACCUUGAUGAGUAUAGGGGCUUGCGGUGCCUUUGUGCGAGGACUCGAAGAUGAAUUCAUGGAAGUGAGGCGUGCUGCUGUUGACUCUUUAUGUGAAUUGGCCAAUCAGAAUUCGGCAUUUGCUGCAAUGUCAUGUGACUUUUUAGUUGAUAUGUUUAAUGAUGAAAUCGAAAGUGUCCGUUUGAAUUCGAUCAACAGUUUGAUAAAGAUUUGCGAACACGUUGAUUUGCGCGAGGAACAACUAGACACUAUGUUCAAUGUUUUGAGUGAUUCAAACUGGGAAAUCAGAGAAGGAGUUAGAGAGCUCCUUUCGCACUGCCAUCUGUCGACUAGAUCGUGCUUACACGCGACAAUACUGGCGCUUAUGCAGAACCUGAAAAAGUACCCACAGGAUCGAGCUCAUAUAUGGAGAUGCAUGAAAGAAAUAGGACAACGCAAUGCUGAAGCUGUGUCUAGUUUAGUUUCCGAGCUGCUUUCCACCCAUCCUUAUUUCGCAAUUCCUGAACCAAAUCUAGACGACCAAGUAUACACUGCGUUAGCCAUUUUAGUUUUUAAUGCCGCAAUAAAAUGCCCAGCCGUGACAUCUCUUCUUCCUGAACACACAAAGCGGCAUUAUGAUUACUUAAGAGACAGCCUGCCAGAACUCGUUCCAGAACUAAGAAAGGAUGUCAGGUGCUGGACAAAUAGCAAUGGCGUCGGAGACACGGAAAUUGAAUCUUUCUAUCGCAACACGCUGGAGCAAGCACGCAAUCUUGGAAGCUUUGACCUGUCAGCAGCUUCAAGCGUGUUAGAAUCAUGUAUACGGGAUCUUACCCAUGUUGAGCGUGUAUCACAGCGUCUAGCACCGAAUGCUCACUUCUAUUCCACGUACAUCAAAUGCAUCAACAUUCUGUACCGAGUAAGAGCAAAGAGAACAUGGGCUGUUCCGACCCCAAUAACUGUCGAAAAUAGCGGGUUUUUCACAUCUGCAGUGGAGGAGCUUUUGUCUUUGUCAUAUCGACUAGAGAACACAUUCAUAGGCCUUGGCAACCGUGAGUUGGCCUCAGUAAAACUGGUUCGCGUUCUCGCACACUGCUUGCAGGUGGUGCUUACCUCAAGAUCAAGCUCAAUCAAAUCUAUCGAUCGUAAACAGCAUGAUUUGAACUGCUUGCAGUUAUUCUUCGAUCGCAUACGACAUUUUAGAGAGACCCCUCUGUCGAUCGAAUCUUUGAACGAUUCUGGUUUGCAGGCAAUUUUAAAAUGCGAGAAAUUGCUCGAAGAAGGUUCCUUUUCAAUGACGAGAGCAGUGUCCUACUUACAAGGACUUCUUUUGAACUGCGAUCUACGGCCAAUGGAUGUAGACAACCCCCUGAGGGAAACCAAGGCUACCAUUGAAGAACCAUGUAGAUUUUCAGACACUGUUCUAAGGUUCACAUCUGGGCUAACCCUUGGCAAUGUGGACUGUACACUGGAAAAUACAAGCGAUAUAUCGAAUAUCUUUAUAAUGGUCAUCUAUCCGGACAUGAAAACCGAUCUUAUCAAACCAAAACCUGGUGAUUUUCGACGAAUCAAUAACUUGAAGCACCGUUUGGUGACGUCAGUCGUCAUUUCCCAUGAAACAUGGAGUGAGUCAUCCUCUAUUCAAAUAGUACCGGUGGCAAAGCAUUCAAUAGAUGUUAAUGAAGACAAAGUUCUUGCAUUUUUGCAGCCAAAGAAAAAUUCGGAUAAAGUUGUGAGAAUUUCAAAACCAACAAAAGAUGAUGUCACAAAAGGACUCAUCAGUCUUUGCGAGCCAGUGAAACUGACCGUGCAGCCGAAGGCACACCAUAAAUAGCAAAAUGGCUCUUUAAUCGUAUUGAGCCAGUGAAACUUGCCGUGCUGCCGGACGCUUACCAUUGACAGUAAAAACUAACCGUAUUCCCGCUGCGGGUUUUUUAUUAAAUCAUCAACGUGCUUUUGGAAAGUGGGCUUUGGUUUUCAACACACAAAAAUAAAGAAAGGAAUUAUAAAUGAAUUAUAUUUGGAUUUUUGAUUUCUCCAGAAUUAAUAAAAAUUAUUUUCGGAGAACUCUAGGUUCAACCUUGGGAUGUCCAGAUCUAACUGAUUUCUUGUUGAGUAGUUUGAUAAAAUAGAUCUGGGAACAAGUCUCCCGUUUAGACUGUCCGGGCAGAGACCAUUCACUAAUUUAUAAAUCAUUACUGCUCUAUCAUAUUGCAUUAUAUUUGAGACUGACAGCCAAUUACAUCUCCACCUAUCCUUUAACCUAGAGUUCUCUAUCAAAGUUUUAGCUCUAGUUUGUAGACGUUGAAGAUGUUGGAGCUUUGUGUUCUAUAAAUUGCAUCUCAUCUUAGUGGUAUAUGCGAUAUUCUACAGAUAA